CUACAGAAUCACUAAAAGAUGGUGUUAAAUUUAGAGAAGCCACAAGAAAUCUGGAGAGGAGGUUCCAUUCAGAAAACAAUCAUGUGGACCAUAACCAGCAACAAAAGUUGCGAGUCUUUCAAGUUUCCUUUCUUGCUACACCUUUGUCCUUUUCCUGGGUGCAGGGAGCCCAGGAUAAGAAUCUGCUUUCAAAACAUUGCUCAGAUACUAAGGAAAGAUUUUUCCUUGUUCAUGGAGUUUUUCAUCAGUAUGUCUGAAACCAUUAAAUAUAAUGACGACGAUCACAAAACUGUGUUUCUGAAAACAUUAAAUGAGCAACGAUUGGAAGGAGAAUUUUGUGACAUAGCUAUUGUUGUAGAAGAUGUAAAAUUCAGGGCACACAGGUGUGUUCUAGCUGCUUGUAGUACCUAUUUUAAAAAACUUUUCAAAAAACUGGAAGUUGACAGCUCAUCUGUAAUUGAAAUAGAUUUCCUUCGAUCUGAUAUAUUUGAGGAAGUGCUCAAUUAUAUGUACACAGCCAAGAUUUCGGUUAAGAAAGAAGACGUCAAUUUAAUGAUGUCAUCUGGUCAGAUUCUUGGUAUUAGAUUUUUGGAUAAACUUUGUUCUCAAAAACGGGAUGUAUCAAGCCCAGAAGACAAUUCACAAUCAAAGAAUAAGUAUUGUCUUAAAAUAAAUAGACCAAUUGGGGAGUCUAAUGAUAACCAAGACGAUGAGGUUGAAGAAAUUGGUGAUCAUGAUGAUAGUCCAUCAGAUAUGACAAUGGAAGGAACUCCUCCUAGUCAAGAGGAUGGUAAAUCGCCAACUGCUACCUUAAGAGUUCAGGAAGCAAUUCUGAAGGAGCUAGGGAGUGAAGAGGUUCGAAAAGUGAACUGCUAUGGUCAAGAAGUAGAGUCUAUAGAGUCUGCUGAAACUAAAGAAUUAGGAUCACAGACUCCUCAGGCUCUAGCAUUUAAUGAUGGCAUAAGUGAAGUAAAGGAUGAACAGACACCAGCAUGGACAACAGCAGCUGGAGACAUGAAAUUUGAGUAUUUGCUUUAUGGUCACAGGGAACAAAUUGCAUGUCCAGCAUGUGGCAAAACAUUUUCUGAUGAAGCACGAUUGAGAAAACAUGAAAAGCUCCAUACAGCGGAUAGGCCCUUUGUUUGCGAAAUGUGCACUAAAGGCUUCACAACUCAAGCCCACUUGAAAGAGCAUCUAAAGAUCCACACAGGCUACAAGCCAUAUAGCUGUGAAGUAUGUGGAAAGUCUUUUAUUCGUGCACCAGACCUAAAAAAGCACGAGAGGGUUCACAGUAAUGAAAGACCAUUUGCGUGUCACAUGUGUGACAAAGCUUUUAAGCAUAAGUCCCACCUGAAAGAUCAUGAAAGAAGACAUAGAGGGGAGAAACCUUUUGUCUGCAGCUCUUGUACUAAAGCAUUUGCCAAAGCAUCUGAUUUAAAGAGACAUGAGAACAAUAUGCACAGUGAAAGGAAGCAAGUAACCACAGCCAGUGCCCUCCAAAGUGAAACUGAACAAUUACAGGCAGCUGCCAUGGCUGCUGAGGCAGAACAGCAACUUGAAACUAUAGCUUGUAGCUAAAAACAGGAGGGGCCAUAUGCUGAAAUAUGUUUGGAUCGAAAAACUCACUACUGAGCAAAGUAUUUUUAGUGUGAUUUAGAAAGUAGAAAUAUAGUUGCAGUAUGCAGGAAAAAACUCAUAUCAAGCAUGGAUAAGACCUUAAUCAAGGCAUCCGUCCAGUUGGAUAUAAUUUUUUUAGAAGUCAGACUCUAGCUGUGUUUUAUUCCUCUCUUUAAAGUGCUGGGUUUCAAUGCAUGCCUUGCCCCAUUGGAAUAAACUCUGCAUGUGGAAUGGAAGAUGUUACACUCCGAUGCUCAGUGAAAUUAAGACUAAGUAUUUGGACUUAAGCUACUUUUUUGUUUCAUUGAAUCCAGUUGCUUGGCACUUAAUGUUUUUUAUGAUUUAGGAAGAUCCUAAAUUAGAAAUUGUCAGCAAUGGUAGGAAAUUAUAGGAUGAGUUGCCAACUCGAAAAUAACUACCUGUUAGAGAUUCAUUGCACUGCAAGUGCUAUGUAGCUAAGCCUCAUGAAUUUCAGUAGAAAGUAGUACCAUCUGAGUAAAGCAAGAUUAGAUUAAUUCAAAAUCUGUUGAUUUCUUGGCCUACAAAUUGUGCUGUUAGCAAACAGUUUAAUAAAUUAUGUCUGCUAUAACAGGUUUUUUUUAAAAAAAUAUGGGAAAUUAUGAGUUGGACUGAGUGCAAGAAUUAAUUUGAGGGGGUGAAUGUAUUAAUUUCCAAUGUUCUAAUCAAAAGUAAUGAAAAUGUGAUUAGGUUUCAUAUUGUAUUUAUUAGUUUGCAAUUGUGUAGCUCCAGUUUAAUCUAUUGUCAUUGUUAAUACAAGGUGUAUGAGCAGUAGAAGCUGUUGUGCUUCCC